CUUCAUUGACUCAAAUCUUUCUUACUUUUUUUUUUUUUUUCUUACGUUAAUUAAUUUACUUAUGGCGUCUGCAAAUGGGGUUGUUUUUGAGGAUUAUUUUCCGGCUAUGGUGGAGAAAUUGGGAGCGGACGGGUUCAUGCAGGAGCUUUACAACGGGUUUCGUUUGUUGGUUGAUGAGGAAAAGGGAGUGAUAACUUUUGAGAGCUUGAAGAAGAACUCGGCGUUGCUUGGUUUGCAAGAUAUGAGUGAUGAUGAAGUGAGGUGUAUGUUGAGAGAAGGUGAUGUUGAUGGAGAUGGAGCGUUGAAUGAGAUGGAGUUUUGCACUCUCAUGUUCAGGUUGAGUCCUGAUUUGAUGAAGAGUUCCAGAAAAUUAUUUUUAGAAGCUCUUGUAAAUGACUUUUAGAUGUUGCUUCAUUUUUGCUUAUUCUUUUUUCUUUCUCUAUCUCAACUACUAUGUAUUCAUGCAU